UUGCUCACGUGAUCUGUCAUGUGACGAACGAUCAUCAAGUAGCUAAAAAACUAUAACCGGAAACACAUUUUAGUCAUUGAAAAAUCAGCCAUGCACUGUUUGUGUAACGAAAUAUAUGAUUUAUUAAGGCUGUGGAUGGUCUGUGCUUCUCUUUUCAUAAAACAUGGAAUUGCCGGUAAAAUGAAGAUUGUGGAGGAGCCAAACACAUUCGGGUUGAACAAUCCUUUUCUGGCUCAAGGAAACAGACUACAGCCUAAAGUAACUCCAAAUCCAGUGUCUGGUCCUGCACACCUUCAUCGGUUGGCCGGAAAGUGCUUCAGUCUCUCAGAGUCAACGUAUAAAUAUGAAUUCUGCCCAUUUCACAACAUCACCCAACAUGAGCAGUCAUUUAGAUGGAAUGCCUACAGUGGGAUACUGGGGAUCUGGCAAGAGUGGGAAAUAGCAAACAACACUUUCACAGGCAUGUGGAUGAGAGACGGUGAUACUUGUGGAACCAGAAACAGAGAAACAAAGGUGAGUCUCGUCUGCAGUGGGAGCAGCAAGCUUGCUCAAGUCUCAGAGCCCAGCACUUGUGUGUACUCGCUAACCUUUGAGACCCCGCUCGUUUGCCAUCCACAUUCUCUUUUAGUGUACCCAAGCCUGACUGAGAACCUGCAAACGGAAUGGGAUGAAGCUGAGCAGGCUCGCUAUGAAGGUCUUAUUACUGAUCAGGGAUAUAAUAAUCUUCUGAGGGAUAUUUUUGAGGAUGCUGGUUUCCUGAAGAGCCAAAAAGUGAAGGUGAAGCUGCCGGAGGUUGUAGCCAAUCCAGAAACGGACAACUCUUUACAAAAAUGUACAGAGGACCUCCAAAAACAGAGAGAAGAGAUUAAGAGACUGCGCGCUCUCCUCAGUCAACACAAUAUUCCCUUUGAUUCAAAGCCAAAUGAAGCAAAAGGCACAGUGAGUGUGACGGUUAAGGAUCGACACUUAAGAGGAGAUGACGGCCUUUUUGAUCAGCUUUGAAAAUCACCCGGGACGAGUCACUGCCUCCACUCUCCAUUCAUAUCUCCAUCACCUGACUGGAUUUGAAGAUUUUGUUUGGUCAGUGUGAGUGACCGCGAAACUGGCUGGACAAUGUUGCUGUCACUGAGGUGACAAGACAGCAGCGCAAAUAUACCUGAGAAGUGUGAAAGACAAAAACUGAACUCAUUUGUGGAUUGUUACACUUUCCAGACUCUACAGCAGAAGUAAAAAACCUUUCAGAGGAGCUACAGAAUGACACUGGCUCCUUUUUAAGACAUUUCAACAGAGAGGAAGAUCUUGUUAAAUGAUAAAAUUGUGUAAACAUGCAGCAUAUUGAGAAAUAUGAAAAGGUUUUAAGGGGGGAAAAAAAAGUUGUAUUCAUGUCUCAACACUUCAAUGUCUUCAGCCGUUUUACAGACUUUUUACAGGAGAAAAAACUGUUACGGAUGAAGAAUUACACUAAAACUUAUUUCUUUCCUACCUUUUUUUCCCCCCAAAUGGUACACUGAAAAACUGUGAAUGCCUUGUACCAGGUGGAAGACAUUUUGAGAAAAUAUCUACAAAGGGUGCAACACCUACAAGGGUAUAUCUACAAAGCAACAACUCUUUCUCCUGUUGGACCAAAUAAAGAGCAGGACCUAAAGCAUUUGAUUAAA